AUGUACAUAUUAUUUUAUUUUCGCCAAGGUAAAGCUUCUGAGAAUUCCUCAAGGGAAGGCAAAACUACCACUGCCCCAAGCCCAAUUACAAAUUCUUCAUCAAACACCUUAACAUUUGCCUCAAGCCCCACCACAGAAACUGCAAAAAGCUACACCCAAAGCCACGGCACAACAAAAAGUGAUACAACUAACUCGGGAUCACAACACCAAAACACAAUAUCAGGGGUGUCUGAUGGCACAAGCUCUUCCUCGAGCCACACCUCAACCUCUGCAUCAAACCCCACCAUAGAAUCUGCUAUAAGCACCACCUCAAGACACAACACAACCCCUGUUUUAGGCACAACAAGAAGUGAUAAAACAAGCUCGGGAUCACAGCACCACACCACAACCUCAGGAAAGUCUGAUGGCAUAAGCUCUUCCUCAAGCCACACCUUAACAUCUGAUUCAAGUCCCAUCACAGAAUCUACUGUUAGCACCACCUCAAGCCUGACCACAGAAUCGACUGUAAGCACCACCUCAAGCCACCGCACAACCCCUGUUAAAGGCAUAACAAGAAGUGAUAAAACAAGCUCAGGAUCACAGCACCCCACCACAGCAUUAGGGGUGUCUGGUGGCACAAGCUCUUCCUCAAGCCACACCUCAACCUCUGCCUCAAGCCCCACCACAGAAUUUGUUGUAAGCACCACCUUAAGCCUGACCACAGAAUCUGCUGACCAAACACCUCUCGUAAGCACAACAGAAAGUUUUACAUCUAGCUCAGGAUCACAGCACCACAUCACAAGAUCUGUUUUAAGCACAACAAAAAGUGAUACAACAAGCUCAGGAUCACAGCACCACACGACAACCUCUGUUUUAAGCACAACAAAAAGUGAUACAUCUAGCUUAGGAAAACAGCCCCACAUCAAAACCUUAGGGUUUUCUGAUGGCACAAGCUCUUCUUCAAGCCACACCUCAACAUCUGCAUCAAGCCUCACCCAAGAAUUUGCUGUUAGAACCACCUCAAGCCCCAUCACAGAAUCUGCUGUAAGCACCACCUCAAGUGCCACCACGGUAUUUGCUGUAAUCACCACCUCAAGCCACAGCACAACUCCUGUCUUAGGCACAAGAAGAAGUGAUAUAACUAGCUCAAGAUCACAGCACCACACCACAACAUCAGGUGUGUCUGAUGGCACAAGUUCUUCCUCAAUCCACAACUCAAAAUCUGCCUUAAGUCCCACCACAGAAUCUGCUGUAGGCAACAUCUCAAGCCACAGCACAACCCCUGUUUUAGGCACAUCCUCAAGCACCACCACAGGAUUUGCUGUAAGCACCAGCCCCAGCCACAGUAAAACCUCUGCUUUAGACACAAGAAGAAGUGAUACAACUAGCUCAGGAUCACAGCACCACACCACAACCUCAAGUUUGUCUAAUGGCACAAGUUCUUCCUCAAUCCACACCUCAAAAUCUGCCUCAAGUCCCACGACAGAAUCUGCUGUAAGCAACAUCUCAAGCCAAAGCACAACCCCUGUUUUGGGCACCACUUCAAGCACCACCACAGAAUCUGCUGUAAGCCACAGUAAAACCCCUGUUUUGGGCACAACAAGAAGUGAUACAACUAGUUCAGGAUCACAGCACCACACCACAACCUCAGGUUUCUCUGAUGGCACAAGUUCUUCCUCAAUCCACAACUCAAAAUCUGCCUCAAGUCCCACCACAGAAUCUGUUGUAAGCAACAUCUCAAGUCAAAGCACAAUCCCUGUUUUAGGCACCACCUCAAGCACCACCACAGAAUCUGCUGUAAGCCACAGUAAAACCCCUGUUAUAGGCACAACAAGAAGUGAUAAAACAAGCUCAGGAUCACAGCACCCCACCACAACCUCAGGUGGAUCUGAUGGCACAAGUUCUUCUUCAAUACACAACUCAAAAUCUGCCUUAAGUCCCACCACAGAAUCUGCUGUAAGCAACAUCUCAAACCACAGCACAACCCCUGUUUUAGGCACAUCCUUAAGCACCACCACAGGAUCUGCUGUAAGCACCAGCUCCAGCCACAGUAAAACCUCUGCUUUAGACACAAGAAGAAGUGAUACAACUAGCUCAGGAUCACCGCACCACACCACAACCUCAGGUGUGUCUGAUGGCACAAGUUCUUCCUCAAUACACAACUCAAAAUCUGCCUUAAGUCCCACCACAGAAUCUGCUGUAAGCCACAGCACAACCCAUGUUUUAGGCACAUCCUUAAGCACAACCACAGGAUCUGCUGUAAGCACCAGCUCCAGCCACAGUAAAACCUCUGCUUUAGACACAACAAGAAGUGAUACAACUAGUUCAGGAUCACAGCACCACACCACAACAUCAGGUGUGUCUUUUGGCACAAGUUCUUCCUCACUCCACAACUCAAGAUCUGCCUCAAGUCCCACCACAGAAUCUGUUGUAAGCAACAUCUCAAGCCAAAGCACAACCCCUGUUUUAGGCACCACCUCAAGCACCAUCACAGAAUCUGCUGUAAGCCACAGUAAAACCCCUGUUUUGGGCACAACAAGAAGUGAUACAACUAGCUCAGGAUCACAGCACCACACCACAACCUCAGGUUUCUCUGAUGGCACAAGUUCUUCCUCAAUCCACAACUCAAGAUCUGCCUCAAGUCCCACCACAGAAUCUUUUGUAAGCAACAUCUCAAGUCAAAGCACAAUCCUUGUUUUAGGCACCACCUCAAGCACCACCACAGAAUCUGCUGUAAGCCACAGUAAAACCCCUGUUAUAGGCACAACAAGAAGUGAUAAAACAAGCUCAGGAUCACAGCACCCCACCACAGCAUUAGGGGUGUCUGAUGGCACAAGCUCUUCCUCAAGCCACACCUCAACCUCUGCCUCAAGCCUGACCACAGAAUCUGCUGACCAAACACCUGUCUUAGGCACAACAGGAAGUUUUACAUCUAGCUCAGGAUCACAGCACCACAUCACAAGAUCUGUUUUAAGUACAACAAAAAGUGAUACAACAAGCUCAGGAUCACAGCACCACACGACAACCUCUGUUUUAAGCACAACAAGAAGUGAUACAUAUAGCUCAGGAACACAGCCCCAUAUCAAAACCUUAGGGGUUUCUGAUGGCACAAGCUCUUCUUCAAGCCACACCUCAACAUCUGCAUCAAGCCCCACCCAAGAAUUUGCUGUUAGAACCACAUCAAGCACCACCACGGAAUCUGCUGUUAGAACCACAUCAAGCCCCACCACAGAAUCUGCUGUAAGCACCACCUCAAGUGCCACUACUGUAUUUGCUGUAAGCACCCCCUCAAGCCAUAGCACAACCCCUGUCUUAGGCACAAGAAGAAGUAAUACAACUAGCUCAGGAUCACAGCACCGCACCACAACAUCAGUUGUGUCUGAUGGCACAAGUUCUUCCUCAAUCCACAACUCAAAAUCUGCCUCAAGUCCCACCACAGAAUCUGCUGUAAGCAACAUCUCAAGCCAAAGCACAACCCCUGUUUUAGGCACCACCUCAAGCACCAUCACAGAAUCUGAUGUAAGCCACAGUAAAACCCCUGUUUUGGACACAACAAGAAGUGAUAAAACAAGCUCAGGAUCACAGCACCCCACCACAGCAUUAGGGUUGUCUGAUGGCACAAGCUCUUCCUCAAGCCACACCUCAACCUCUGCCUCAAACCUGACCACAGAAUCUGCUGACCAAACAUCUGUCGUAGGCACAACAGGAAGUUUUACAUCUAGCGCAGGAUCACAGCACCACAUCACAACCUCUGGUGUGUCUGAUGGCACAAGUUCUUCCUCAAUCCACAACUCAAAAUCUGCCUCAAGUCCCACCACAGAAUCUGUUGUAAGCAACAUCUCAAGCCAAAACACAACCCCUGUUUUAGGCACCACCUCAAGCACCACCACAGAAUCUGCUGUAAGCCACAGUAAAACCCCUGUUUUGGGCACAACAAGAAGUGAUACAACUAGCUCAGGAUCACAGCACCACACCACAACAUCAGGUGUGUCUGAUAGCACAAGUUCUUCCUCAAUCCACAACUCAAAAUCUGCCUCAAGUCCCACCACAGAAUCUGUUGUAAGCAACAUCUCAAGUCAAAGCACAACCCCUGUUUUAGGCACCACCUCAAGCACCACCACAGAAUCUGCUGUAAGCCACAGUAAAAACCCUGUUUUGGGCACAACAAGAAGUGAUACAACUAGCUCAGGAUCACAGCACCACACCAUAACCUCAAGUUUGUCUGAUGGCACAAGUUCUUCAUCAAUCCACAACUCAAAAUCUGCCUUAAGUCCCACCACAGAAUCUGCUGUAAGCAACAUCUCAAGCCACAGCACAACCCUUGUUUUAGGCACAUCCUCAAGCACCACCACAGGAUCUGCUGUAAGCACCAGCUCCAGCCACAGGAAAACCUCUGCUUUAGACACAACAAGAAGUGAUAAAACAAGCUCAGGAUCACAGCACCCCACCACAGCAUUAGGGUUGUCUGAUGGCACAAGCUCUUCCUCAAGCCACACCUCAACCUCUGCCUCAAACCUGACCACAGAAUCUGCUGACCAAACAUCUGCCGUAGGCACAACAGGAAGUUUUACAUCUAGCGCAGGAUCACAGCACCACAUCACAACCUCUGGUGUGUCUGAUGGCACAAGUUCUUCCACAAUCCACAACUCAAAAUCUGCCUCAAGUCCCACCACAGAAUCUGUUGUAAGCAACAUCUCAAGCCAAAACACAACCCCUGUUUUAGGCACCACCUCAAGCACCACCACAGAAUCUGCUGUAAGCCACAGUAAAACCCCUGUUUUGGGCACAACAAGAAGUGAUACAUCUAGGUCAGGAUCACAGCACCACACCACAACCUCAGGUGUGUCUGAUGGCACAAGUUCUUCCUCAAUCCAUAACUCAAAAUCUGCCUCAAGUCCCACCACAGGAUCUGCUGUAAGCCACAGUGAAACCCCCGUUUUGACCAUAACAAGAAGUGAUACAACUAGCUCAGGAUCACGGCACCACACCACAACCUCAGGUGUGUCUGAUGUCACAAGUUCUUCCUCGAUCCACAACUCGAAAUCUGCCUCAAGUCCCACCACAGGAUCUGCUGUAAGCCACAGUGAAACCCCCGUUUUGACCAUAACAAGAAGUGAUACAACUAGCUCAGGAUCACGGCACCACACCAUAACCUCAGGUGUGUCUGAUGUCACAAGUUCUUCAUCAAUCCACAACUCAAAAUCUGCCUUAAGUCCCACCACAGAAUCUGCUGUAAGCAACAUCUCAAGCCACAGCACAACCCUUGUUUUAGGCACAUCCUCAAGCACCACCACAGGAUCUGCUGUAAGCACCAGCUCCAGCCACAGGAAACCCUUUGCUUUAGACACAACAAAAAGUGAUACAUCUAGGUCAGGAUCACAGCACCACACCACAACCUCAGGUGUGUCUGAUGGCACAAGUUCUUCCUCAAUCCACAACUCAAAAUCUGCCUCAAGUCCCACCACAGGAUCUGCUGUAAGCCACAGUGAAACCCCCGUUUUGACCAUAACAAGAAGUGAUACAACUAGCUCAGGAUCACGGCACCACACCACAACCUCAGGUGUGUCUGAUGUCACAAGUUCUUCCUCGAUCCACAACUCAAAAUCUGCCUCAAGUCCCACCACAGGAUCUGCUGUAAGCCACAGUGAAACCCCCGUUUUGACCAUAACAAGAAGUGAUACAACUAGCUCAGGAUCACGGCACCACACCAUAACCUCAGGUGUGUCUGAUGUCACAAGUUCUUCAUCAAUCCACAACUCAAAAUCUGCCUUAAGUCCCACCACAGAAUCUGCUGUAAGCAACAUCUCAAGCCACAGCACAACCCUUGUUUUAGGCACAUCCUCAAGCACCACCACAGGAUCUGCUGUAAGCACCAGCUCCAGCCACAGGAAACCCUUUGCUUUAGACACAACAAAAAGUGAUACAUCUAGGUCAGGAUCACAGCACCACACCACAACCUCAGGUGUGUCUGAUGUCACAAGUUCUUCCUCGAUCCACAACUCAAAAUCUGCCUCAAGUCCCACCACAGGAUCUGCUGUAAGACACAGUGAAACCCCCGUUUUGACCAUAACAAGAAGUGAUACAACUAGCUCAGGAUCACGGCACCACACCAUAACCUCAGGUGUGUCUGAUGUCACAAGUUCUUCAUCAAUCCACAACUCAAAAUCUGCCUUAAGUCCCACCACAGAAUCUGCUGUAAGCAACAUCUCAAGCCACAGCACAACCCUUGUUUUAGGCACAUCCUCAAGCACCACCACAGGAUCUGCUGUAAGCACCAGCUCCAGCCACAGGAAACCCUUUGCUUUAGACACAACAAAAAGUGAUACAUCUAGGUCAGGAUCACAGCACCACACCACAACCUCAGGUGUGUCUGAUGGCACAAGUUCUUCCUCAAUCCACAACUCAAAAUCUGCCUCAAGUCCCACCACAGGAUCUGCUGUAAGCCACACUGAAACCCCCGUUUUGACCAUAACAAGAAGUGAUACAACUAGCUCAGGAUCACGGCACCACACCGCAACCUCAGGUGUGUCUGAUGUCACAAGUUCUUCCUCAAUCCACAACUUAAAAUCUGCCUCAAGUCCCACCACAGGAUCUGCUGUAAGCCACAGUGAAACCCCCGUUUUGACCAUAACAAGAAGUGAUACAACUAGCUCAGGAUCACGGCACCACACCACAACCUCAGGUGUGUCUGAUGUCACAAGUUCUUCCUCGAUCCACAACUCAAAAUCUGCCUCAAGUCCCACCACAGGAUCUGCUGUAAGACACAGUGAAACCCCCGUUUUGACCAUAACAAGAAGUGAUACAACUAGCUCAGGAUCACGGCACCACACCAUAACCUCAGGUGUGUCUGAUGUCACAAGUUCUUCAUCAAUCCACAACUCAAAAUCUGCCUUAAGUCCCACCACAGAAUCUGCUGUAAGCAACAUCUCAAGCCACAGCACAACCCUUGUUUUAGGCACAUCCUCAAGCACCACCACAGGAUCUGCUGUAAGCACCAGCUCCAGCCACAGGAAAACCUCUGCUUUAGACACAACAAAAAGUGAUACAUCUAGGUCAGGAUCACAGCACCACACCACAACCUCAGGUGUGUCUGAUGGCACAAGUUCUUCCUCAAUCCACAACUCAAAAUCUGCCUCAAGUCCCACCACAGGAUCUGCUGUAAGCCACAGUGAAACCCCCGUUUUGACCAUAACAAGAAGUGAUACAACCAGCUCAGGAUCACGGCACCACACCACAACCUCAGGUGUGUCUGAUGUCACAAGUUCUUCCUCGAUCCACAACUCAAAAUCUGCCUCAAGUCCCACCACAGGAUCUGCUGUAAGCCACAGUGAAACCCCCGUUUUGACCAUAACAAGAAGUGAUACAACUAGCUCAGGAUCACGACACCACACCACAACCUCAGGUGUGUCUGAUGUCACAAGUUCUUCCUCGAUCCACAACUCAAAAUCUGCCUCAAGUCCCACCACAGGAUCUGCUGUAAGCCACAGUGAAACCCCCGUUUUGACCAUAACAAGAAGUGAUACAACUAGCUCAGGAUCACGGCACCACACCACAACCUCAGGUGUGUCUGAUGUCACAAGUUCUUCCUCGAUCCACAACUCAAAAUCUGCCUCAAGUCCCAUCACAGGAUCUGCUGUAAGCCACAGUGAAACCCCCGUUUUGACCAUAACAAGAAGUGAUACAACUAGAUCAGGAUCACGGCACCACACCACAACCUCAGGUGUGUCUGAUGUCACAAGUUCUUCCUCGAUCCACAACUCAAAAUCUGCCUCAAGUCCCACCACAGAAUCUGCUGUAAGCAACAUCUUAAGCCAAAGCACAACCCCUGUUUUAGGCACAUCCUCAAGCACCAUCACAGAAUCUGCUGUAAGCCACAGUAAAACCCCUGUUUUGGGCACAACAAGAAGUGAUACAACUAGCUCAGGAUCACAGCACCACACCGCAACCUCAAGUCUGUCUGAUGGCACAAGUUCUUCCUCAAUCCGCACCUCAAAAUCUGCCAUAGGCCCCACCACACAAUCUGCUGUAAGCACCAACUCACAUCACAGCACAACUCCUGUUUUAGGCACAACAAGAAGUAAAGGUCACUCUGAAAAAGAUUCAUCCAGCGAAGACAAAAAUAAUCCUGAAGACAACUGUCAAUCACAAAAGGAUCCAUCAAGCAAAGGCAAACACAAUGCUAAAGACAACAGGGGCAACGGUCAAUCUCAUGAGGAUUCAUCCAGGAAAGUCCAUAUGAAGACUAAAGAUACUAAUGCUAGAGCCUCUUGUCUUAACACUGCCACCACAAGGAGUCAUAACAACCCAACUCAAAAACCCAAGAAUCCAGCCGAAACACCCAACAACCCAACUACAAAACCCAACAACCCAACUCCAAAACCCAACUACCCAACUACAAAACCCAACAACACAGCUGAAAAACCCAACAACCCAACUACAAAACCCAACAACCCAACUACAAAACCCAACAACCCAACUACAAAACCCAACAACCCAACUACAAAUCCCAACAACCGAACUACAAAACCCAACAACUCAACUACAAAUCCCAACAACCCAACUACAAAACCCAACAACUCAACUCCACAACCCAACAGCCCAGCUGAAAAACCCAACAAUCCAACUCCUAAACCCAACAACCCAACUACAAAACCUAACAACCCAACUCCUAAACCUAAUGUUCCUAUCCCGCAGACAACUGCUGCAAAGAACAAAGGAAUAAAUGUUGCCAUGUCAUAUUUGGCAUUUUUAAUCACAGUAAUUUAUUUUAUCUAGGUCAAUAUCAAAAAGACUAAUCUGGAAAGUACAAAACAAAUGCUGCUGGUCACAUUUAUAGUAGUGAGCAACAGAGCUCAGCCUUUUCUUUCAUAUUCUCUUUGCUGGUUCUUUCUGCAUUUACUAAACAAAACAUUGCAUUGCUUUUUGUGGUAUGAUUACUGGUAAGAGAUUAAUUACCUUAAUUCCCUUGCUUUCUCUUUUCACCUCAAGCCCCUUGUCUUUACACUGUUAAUGCCACAACAAGAAUUUGUAACAACCCAACUCCAAAACCCAACACCCCAACUCCAAAACCCAAAAACCCAGCUGAAAAACCCAACAACCCCACUCCAAAACCCAACAGCCCAGCUGAAAAACCCAACAACCCCACUCAAAAACACAACAACCCUGCUGCAAAACCCAACAACCCAACUCCAAAACACAACUACCCCACUCAAAAACCCAACUCCAAAAUUCAACAACCCCACUCAAAAACGCAACAACCCAGCUGAAAAACCCAAGGCACCUAUGCCUCAGACAUCUGCUGCAAAGAAAAAGGGAAAUCUAUAGUUGUAUUGCUUUUUAACUGUUUAUAUAACUGAUAACAGUGAACCAUGCACCAGUUUAUUUUACCAGUGUCUGUCUUUUGUAUCUACCUUUGGUUAGUGCAGGGCACUUUCUGUUAUUCAUUUCUUUCUAGACCAAUAGGUUGUUGACCAAUAUUUAUUAUGCAUGUUCCUAAUAUUAAGAUUUUUGUUUAAAAUGUAUUAAAUGUGUACAUUAAGGAUUUGCAAUAAGAUUUAGUUACUAAUUUUUUAAAAUUUUAAAAAUUGUAGCUCAGGUUCCACAUUAUUAUAUUAUAUUCUUGUAGUAGUUGAAUUUGUGCCUGAAAAAUGUUGGGUUUGGGGCAUUUUGUUCUUAUACUUAUUCUACAAAUAUAAUUAUACAAGGCAAAAGACUAUCUUACUGUAUAUUGUUUAUUUAAUAUAUUUAAUAUAUUUAUUUAAAAUAUAUGAUCAUUGA